AUGUUCGCAAAAUUUACCGUCGUAGGUUCCAUGAGUUUGACAUUUUCUCAUGCUGGAUCAGACCGCCCCACCUCUGUGGUCGCGGCAGAGCCAUCCGCUCGCCCUACACCACACCGAAAUGCCUCGUCUGCUGCUACUUCCACGGAAAGACACUUUGUCGGAGCAUCCUGUGUCCAGCAACGCCCUGCAGCGUCUGCGGCCCUAUUCGAUUUUGACCCUGCUGGAACAGAGGGGAACGGUGGUGGAGGGGUUAGUCAUCCGGCGUCCGUCGCUGUUACCCCCAUGACUGCCGCCGCUUCCCUUUCCAAUGCUCCCGACAGACCGCCCCCCACUGGCGCCGGGGAUGACCCACCUUCAUCGAGUAACUCCAUGGACCUUGUCAGCCUCUUUGAGUGCCCUGUUUGUAUGGACUUUGCGCUACCCCCGAUUCUGCAGUGCCAGAGUGGACACAUUGUCUGCACCAGCUGCCGUAAAAAACUAACUUCGUGCCCCACUUGUCGUGGAAAUCUAGAAAACAUUCGAAACCUGGCAAUGGAAAAACUGGCGGCCAGCAUUCUGUUUCCUUGCAAGUACGCAUUGACAGGUUGUACAAAGACCUUUCAUUAUUCAGCGAAGGCAGAACAUGAAAGCGUUUGUGAACACCGUCCCUACAGCUGUCCUUGCCCCGGCGCCUCCUGCAAAUGGCUUGGCCAACUAGACCAAGUCAUGCCUCACCUUCUUCAAAGUCACAAGAGCAUCACCACGCUCCAAGGCGAGGACAUCGUGUUCUUGGCUACCGACAUCACUCUCCCUGGAGCCGUCGAUUGGGUGAUGAUGCAGUCGUGUUUCGGGCAUUAUUUUAUGCUUGUUCUAGAGAAGCAGGAACGAGAACAAUCUGUUCAGUUCUUCUUUGCACUCGUUCUUUUAAUCGGCACUAAGAAACAGGCCAAUCAAUUCGUGUACAAACUAGACUUAACAGCUUCUACACGGCGGCUGACGUGGGAAGCUACGCCGCACAGUAUACAUGAUGGGGUGCAGGCCGCGAUUACCGAAUCUGAUUGCCUGGUCUUUGAUUCAAAUACGGCUCAACUCUUCGCUGACAAUGGCAGCCUCGGCAUCAAUGUGACUAUCUCCCGAGUUCGUGUAAAUGGAGGCGCCGCCAAUACUGUAGGAGCUAUUGGGAGUUCCUCCUCGGCGUGGGGUUGA